CCGGGCACAAGAGCGACGCCGAGUGCAGGGAAGCCCGAAGCGCCUUUGAGGUGCCCGAGAAUGCGACUCGCUGCCUUUUCCCGUCCCGGCCCCCGUUCCCCUUUCUGCGGGUGGCUCACCCUGUUGACUUGCCUUCGGCUGGGCGCGGGCCAACCCGUGCCCUCCGGAGCUUCCCCACCCCGCUGCGACCGGGAGUGCUGGGGCGUCCUCCAAGACGUCUGCUGGCCCGGGCCCUGCGCUGGGCGGGCUUGGCCGGACGCCGUUUCAGCACCACCGGAGCCUCGGACAGCUCCCGGCACCGAGACAGAGCGGAGGCGGCCCCCUGCCUGCCUUUCCUUGCAUCCGUCUGACUCUACCAAAGGCUGUUUACAAACUCUUUGUUUUGGCGUGGAUUUUAGGAGCCCAUCAACUCCGGGAUUCCUUUCCUGUCUGCCAUUAAAGCCUACCCAUCCAGCUAUGCAGAAUGAGCUUACGCCUUCCUUAUGUGCCAAGAAAAGGAGACGAAGAGAAGGACCCCUGCCCGCCUUGCUGAGGACUCGUAGGGCAGCCAAUCGUCACCCCCUCUUCCCUCAAUAUAAUUACCAGGUCCAAGUGGCUGAAAACCAGCCUCCAGGGACUCCUGUGAUCACAAUAGCAGCACAAGACCCAGAUUCCGGGGAAGCCGGGAGGCUGCUCUAUUCCAUGGAUGCCCUGAUGAACAGCAGGUCUCUGGAGUUGUUUAACAUUGAUUCCCAAAAUGGCCUCAUCAGCACCACUGAAGUGCUGGACAGGGAAAAUAUGGACCUCCACUACUUCCGAGUGACUGCUGUGGACCAUGGGCUUCCUCGCCUCUCUGCCACCACCAUGGUUGCUGUCACAGUGGCAGACAGAAACGACCAUAAUCCAGUCUUUGAACAGAAUGAGUACAGAGAGACGAUCCGAGAAAAUGUCGAAGAAGGUUAUCCCAUCUUGCAGCUGAGGGCCACAGAUGUGGAUUCGCCACCCAACGCCAACAUCCGGUAUCGUUUUGUAAAUGAACAAGCAGCCCAUUCUGUCUUUGAAAUUGAUUCACGAUCUGGGCUGAUCACCACGAGUGGCCAAGUGGACAGGGAGAAAAUGGAGAAGUAUUCCUUGGUGGUGGAGGCAAAUGAUCAAGGUAAGGAACCUGGCCCUCAUUCAGCCACUGUUAGAGUCUAUAUCACUGUCCUUGAUGAGAAUGAUAACGUCCCACAGUUCAGCGAGAAGCGAUAUAUUGUUCAGGUCAGAGAGGAUAUAAGGCCUCAUUCAGAAAUUUUAAGGGUGACAGCCACAGACUUGGACAAAGACAACAAUGCUUUGGUUCAUUAUAACAUCAUCAGUGGGAACAGUAGGGGGCAGUUUUCUAUUGACAGUGUGACUGGUGAAAUCCAAGUGGUGGCUUCUUUGGAUUUUGAAGUUGAGCGAGAAUAUGCCCUGAGAAUACGUGCCCAGGAUGCAGGGCGGCCGCCCCUGUCCAACAACACGGGCAUGGUUAGCAUCCAAGUAGUGGACAUUAACGACCAUGCUCCCAUCUUCGUCAGUACACCCUUUCAAAUAUCUGUCCUAGAAAAUGCUCCCUUUGGCCAUUCAAUGAUCCACAUUCAGGCAGUGGAUGCAGAUUAUGGAGAGAAUGCCCGCCUGGAGUACAAGCUUACUGGGGUCUCAUCUGACACCCCUUUUGUGGUGAACAGUGCCACAGGCUGGAUUACUGUGAGUGGCCCUUUGGACCGAGAAACUGUGGAACAUUAUUUCUUUGGAGUAGAGGCCCGGGAUCAUGGCUCACCCCCUCUCUCUGCUUCCGCUAGUGUAACCAUAACUGUCAUGGAUGUCAAUGACAAUCGGCCUGAAUUCACCCAGAAAGAAUAUUUCAUCCGUCUCAAUGAAGAUGCUGCUGUAGGCACCAAUGUCCUCAGUGUCACAGCCAUUGACAGGGACGUAAACAGUGCCAUCAGCUACCAGAUCACAGGAGGGAACACCCGGAACCGUUUUGCCAUCAGUACUCAAGGGGGAGUGGGGCUAAUCACUCUCUCUUUGCCCCUGGAUUACAAACAGGAGAGGCGCUUCGUGCUCACGGUGACUGCCUCUGACCGGACACUGCAUGACAACUGCCAUGUUCAUAUCAACAUUACUGAUGCCAACACCCACAGGCCAGUGUUCCAAAGUGCUCAUUACUCAGUAAGUGUGAAUGAGGAUCGUCCUGUAGGCAGCACAGUGGUCAUGAUCAGUGCCACGGACGAUGAUGUUGGGGAAAAUGCACGGAUUACCUAUUACUUGGAGGAUAAUAUUCCUCAGUUCCGGAUUGAUGCCGACACUGGUGCCAUCACAUUGCAGGCUGAGCUAGACUAUGAGGACCAGGUGACCUACACGCUGGCCAUUACAGCCAAAGAUAAUGGGAUCCCUCAGAAAGCAGACACAACUUAUGUUGAAAUCAUGGUCAAUGAUGUCAAUGACAAUGCCCCUCAGUUUGUUAGUGCACACUACCAAGGCAUCAUAUCUGAGGACAGCCCUUCCUACACCAGUGUGCUCCAGAUCUCAGCCACUGACCGGGAUGCCCAUGCCAAUGGACGGGUGCAAUACACUUUCCAGAAUGGAGAAGAUGGAGAUGGGGAUUUCACAAUUGAGCCCACCUCUGGAAUUAUUCGCACUGUCCGUGAGCUGGACCGUGAAAGCAUCCCAGUCUAUGAACUCACUGCUUAUGCUGUGGACAGAGGGAUCCCUCCCCAGAGGACACCAGUCCAUAUUCAAGUUACUGUCCAGGAUGUGAAUGACAAUGCACCCGUCUUCCCAGCAAAAGAGUUUGAAGUCUUGGUGAAGGAGAAUAGCAUAGUGGGCUCUGUAGUCGCCCAAAUCACAGCUGUUGAUCCUGACGAAGGACCCAAUGCUCAGAUCAUGUAUCAGAUUGUAGAAGGCAACAUCCCUGAAAUUUUCCAGAUGGACAUCUUUUCCGGUGAGCUCACAGCUCUGAUUGACCUAGACUAUGAGACCAAGCCAGAGUACGUCAUUGUGGUCCAGGCAACAUCUGCUCCUCUUGUCAGCAGAGCCACAGUCCACAUCAAGCUCGUGGACCAGAAUGACAACAGCCCUGUUCUUAAAAACUUCCAGAUCCUCUUUAACAACUAUGUCUCUAACAAAUCCAACACCUUCCCAUCUGGGGUCAUAGGGAAGAUUCCUGCCUAUGAUCCUGAUGUGUCCGACAGGCUAUUCUAUACCUUUGAACGUGGAAAUGAACUGCACUUGUUGAUUGUCAAUCAGACUAGUGGGGAACUCAGGCUGAGCCGGAAGCUGGACAACAACCGUCCCUUGGUGGCUUCCAUGCUGGUGACAGUCACAGAUGGGAUCCACAGUGUGACCGCCCAGUGUGUCCUACGUGUCAUCAUCAUCACCGAGGACAUGUUAGCGAACAGCAUCACAGUGCGCCUGGAGAACAUGUGGCAGGAGCGUUUCCUCUCCCCCUUGCUCACCAACUUCCUUGAGGGCGUGGCCACUGUCUUGGCCACGCCCAAGGAGGACGUCUUCAUCUUCAACAUCCAGAAUGACACCGACGUUGGUGGCCAAGUGCUGAACGUCAGCUUCUCUGCCAUGGCACCCAGGAGCGGCCAUUUCUUCAGCUCGGAGGAGCUGCAGGAGCAGCUGUACAUGAAGCGCAUGACUCUCACCUCCGUCUCCAUGCUGGCGGUGCUGCCCUUUGACGACAAUGUCUGCCUUCGUGAGCCCUGCCAGAAUUACAUGAAGUGCAUUUCCGUGCUCAAGUUUGACAGCUCUGCGCCCUUCAUUGCCUCCCUCUCCACCCUCUUCCGACCCAUCCACCCUAUCACCGGCUUACGCUGCCGCUGUCCCAAGGGUUUCACGGGCGACUACUGCGAAAUGGAGAUCAACCUCUGCUAUUCCAACCCUUGCCAUAAUGGAGGCGUCUGCACUCGCAAGGAGGGUGGCUACACCUGCAUCUGCCGCCAGCACUUCACAGGUGACAAUUGUGAGGUGGAUAGUCGGGCAGGACGCUGCGUCCCAGGUGUAUGUAGGAAUGGUGGCACCUGCACCAAUUCAGCAGAUGGGGGCUUCCAGUGCCAGUGCCCUCCUGGGGGUUUUGAGAAGCCCUACUGUGAAGUAUCUACACGCUCCUUCCCUCCAAAAUCUUUUGUCAUGUUCCGAGGACUCCGUCAGAGGUUCCACUUGACUCUCUCACUCUCAUUUGCCACCUUGGAGCACAGCGGCCUUCUUCUCUACAAUGGACGUCUAAACGAGAAGCACGAUUUUCUGGCUGUGGAGAUUGUGGAUGGACAGGUCCAGCUGAAGUACUCCACAGGUGAGUCAAGUACCAUCGUUACUCCCUACGUGCCAGGAGGGGUGAGUGAUGGGCAGUGGCAUACAGUUCAGCUUCAUUAUUACAACAAGCCCAAGAUCAGCUCCCUGGGCUCCGUGCAGGGGCCUUCCAAAGACAAAGUGGCCAUCCUAAUGGUGGACAAAUGUGAUGCAUCAGUGGCACUGCAGUUUGGAAGCGAGAUUGGCAACUACUCGUGUGCAGCAGAAGGAGUGCAGUCCAGUUCCAAAAAAUCGCUGGACCUCACUGGGCCUUUGCUCCUUGGAGGGGUCCCCAAUCUGCCUGAGAAUUUUCCAGUGGAACACAGGGAAUUUGUGGGGUGCAUGAGAGAUCUAUACAUUGACAAUAAACGCAUUGACCUGGCUUCCUACAUUGCAAACAAUGGGACCUCUGCAGGUUGCCAUGCCAAGCACUCCUUCUGUGAUUCAAACCCUUGUAAGAACAGUGGCACCUGCACAGUGGGCUGGUCGUCCUUUGCCUGUGAGUGCCCAAUAGGCUUUGGAGGCAAGGACUGCAGGCACGUCAUGCAUCACCCUCACCGUUUCCAUGGCAACAGCAUCCUCUCAUGGGACUUCAAAAACGAGGUGAAGAUCUCCGCUCCUUGGUAUCUGGGGCUGGCAUUCCGGACACGCCAACUGAAUGGAGUGCUACUCCAAGCACAUGCUGGCCAGUAUACCACCAUCCUCUGCCAGCUGGACUCCGGCCUGCUCUCCUUUGUGGUGAACAGGGGAUCCGGACGCACCACCAAGCUCCUUCUGGAUCAAAUGCAGCUGAACGAUGGGGCAUGGCAUGAUCUCCAGCUCCAGCUCCAGGAUGUCCGCAGUGGCCGAGAGACUCGAUAUAUUGUCACCCUCAAUCUGGAUUUUGGCUCCUAUCAGGAUACUGUAGUGGUUGGCAAUGACCUGCAUGGUCUGAGGGUGAAACACCUCCAUGUUGGGGGAAUCCUAGAAUCUGGUAAAGUGCACCAUGGUUUGGAGGGCUGCAUCCAGGGAGUACGCUUAGGUGAAACAGCCGCAGGGACUGCAUUGCCCAAGCCCAGCAGCACUUUGAACGUGGAGGCGGGAUGUACGGUGCCCAACCCUUGUGACUCCAGCCCCUGCCCCCUCAACAGCCUCUGCCGGGACAAGUGGCAAACCUACUCCUGUGUAUGCAAGCCAGGGUAUUACGGGGGGAACUGUGUUGAUGCCUGUCAUCUGAACCCAUGCAAGAACAAGUCAGUAUGUCGGCGGAAGCCAGGGGCUCCCCAUGGUUAUAUCUGUGAGUGUGGAGAAAAUCACUUUGGGCAGUAUUGUGAACACAGGAUGGAUCAACAGUGUCCCAAGGGCUGGUGGGGGAAUCCAACAUGCGGACCCUGCAACUGCGAUGCAGCCAGAGGAUUCGACCCGGACUGUAAUAAAACCAACGGACAAUGUCAUUGUAAGGAAUUUCAUUACCAUCCGAGAGGGAGUGACACCUGCCUUCCCUGCGACUGCUACCCCAUUGGCUCCUCCUCACGUUCCUGCGAUCAGGAAACGGGCCAAUGCCAUUGCAGGCCAGGUGUGAUUGGCCGACAGUGUAACAGCUGUGACAGCCCUUUUGCAGAGGUGACUCCCAGUGGCUGCCAGGUCCUCUAUCAUGCAUGUCCUAAGUCUCUAAAAGCCGGGGUGUGGUGGCCUCAGACCAAGUUUGGCCUUCCAGCUGUGGUGCCUUGUCCCAAAGGUUCACUGGGUGCAGCAGUUCGAUACUGUGAUGAGGCAAGAGGCUGGCUGGAACCUGAUCUCUUCAACUGCACCUCUCCUGCCUUCAAGGAACUCUCAGCCUUGCUUGAGGGUCUGGAGAGGAAUGAGACAGAGCUAAACACCAUAGAAGCCAAGAAGCUGGCCCUCCAGUUACGCGCAGUGACCGACCAGAUGGAGCGCUACUUUGGCAACGAUGUGCACAUCACGUACCGCCUGCUUUCCCACUUGAUGGCAUUUGAGAACAGGCAGCAUGGCUUCGGCUUGACAGCCACCCAAGAUGCCCACUUCAAUGAGAACCUCCUGCGGGUUGGCAGUUCAGUUCUGGCCUUAGAGAACCAGGAGCACUGGGAUGUGUUGAGACAGAACCACCAUGGCAGCGCGGGCCUGAUGGAACAGCUGAGAGAGUACACAGGCACCUUGGCCAGCAACAUGAAACUCACCUACCUCAACCCUGUUGGUGUGGUGACUCCCAACAUUGUGCUCAGCAUUGAUCGCAUGGAAAACCACACCCACUUCAGGAGACGCUACCCCCGCUACCACAGCACCCUCUUCCGUGGCCAAGCUAUGUGGGAUCCACACACCCAUGUCGUCCUUCCUCUUUCAGUCCUUACACCCCACAAAGUAGAGGCUCCAACCACGGCUGUGCCUAUUCCUGUAAACAGCGAAACUAAUGACACGGUGGAAAGUUCACCUCCAAAGCACUCCCUGCCAGAACCUGAACCUGCUGUAACCAUCCUCAUCCUCAUCAUUUACCGUACCCUCGGAGGGCUCCUGCCCGCCCGCUACCAGGUGGAUCGACGCAACCUCAGGCUGCCCAAGAACCCUGUGAUGAAUUCCCCCAUUGUGAGUGUGUCUGUGUUUAGGAAUCACACUUUUCUCCAGAACACUUUGGAGGCACCCUUGGUGCUGGAUUUCCACUUGCUUGAGACUGCCAACCGUAGCAAGCCUCUCUGUGUUCAGUGGAAUCGCUCUAGCCAGAUUGAGCCCACAGGCUUCUGGACAGCACGGGAUUGUGAUCUUGUGUACCGAAACACCACACACGUCCGCUGCCACUGCUCUCAAUUUGGCACUUUUGGGGUCCUGAUGGACAGCUCCCACCGAGAGCAGCUGGAAGGCAACCUGGAGACCUUGGCCAUUGUCACCUAUUCUCUGGCAUCCGUCUCCCUUCUGUGCUUGCUGCUGACUUUCUCCUUCCUGAUCUGCCUGAAAGGCCUCAAGUCAAACACCCGGAGCAUCCACUGCAACAUCUCUGUCACACUCUUCUUCUCUGAAUUGCUCUUUCUUUUGGGUAUCAACCGUACUGAAAACCAGUUCCUCUGCACUGUGAUCGCCAUCCUCCUGCACUACUUCUUCCUCUCCACUUUUGCCUGGCUCUUUGUGCAAGGCCUGCAUAUUUACCGCAUGCAGAUGGAAGCUCGCAACAUCAACUAUGGGGCUAUGAGGUUCUAUUAUGCCAUUGGCUGGGGGGUCCCUGCCAUCAUCACUGGGCUAUCAGUUGGCUUGGAUCCAGAGGGUUAUGGGAACCCAGAUUUCUGUUGGAUUUCCAUCCACGACAAACUGGUCUGGAGUUUUGCAGGGCCCAUUGUUGUCGUCAUUGUGAUGAACGGGGUGAUGUCUCUGCUGGUGGCAAAGAUGCUGUGCUCACCAGGCCAGAAGGAAGCCAAGAAGAAAUCUGUUCUCAUGACGCUGCGCAGCUCCUUCGUUCUGCUUCUAGUUAUUAGCACUACUUGGCUUUUUGGCCUCUUGGCUAUCAACAACAGUGUCCUGGCUUUCCACUACCUCUACACUGUCCUCUGCGGUCUUCAGGGCUUAGCAGUGCUGGUUCUGUUCUGUGUGCUAAACAAAGAGGUCCAGGAAGCCUGGAAGCUGGCCUGUCUUGGCAAGAAGGGUCAGGGUGAGGAGGCCACCAGAAGUGGUCAGGGCCCAAAUGCCUACAACAACACAGCCCUUUUUGAGGAGAGUGGUCUCAUCCGUAUCACACUGGGAGCCUCUACCAUCUCGUCUGUCAGCAGCGUGCGUUCAGCUCGAACACAUUCCAGUCAGCGGGGUUACCUCAGAGAGAACAUGAUGGCACAUCAGGGCUCAGCUCUGGAUCACAACCUGCUGAAUCAUGCUGGCCCCACAGAUCUUGACGUAGCCAUGUUCCACCGGGAUGCAGGGCCAGAUCAAGACUCCGACUCAGACAGUGACCUCUCCCUCGAUGAAGAACGCAGUCUUUCGAUCCCCUCAUCAGAGAGCGAAGAGAAUGUCCAUCUCCGGGGCAGGUUCCAGCGCCAGUUCAAAAGGGCAGCACACAGCGAGAGGCUCCUCACCAAUCCUUCCAACACCACCCCCAAAGAUGUAGAUGGCAAUGACCUGAUGUCCUACUGGCCAGCCCUGGGUGAAUGUGAAGUUCAUCCUUGUUCCCUCCAGAAGUGGGGCUCAGAGCGGAAACUUGGAUUUGAUAUUAACAAGGAUGCUGCCAACAAUAACCAGCCGGACUUAGCCCUGACCAGUGGGGAUGAGAACUCUCUCACCCAAACGCAGCGGCAGAGGAAGGGCAUAUUGAAGAAUCGUCUCCAGUACCCUCCAGCUUUGCAAGGCCUCUCGUCCGUGAGCAGAAUGACCAAUGACCUUUCCUGGUAUAGAACGUCCACUCUGGGUCACAGAGCAGUUCCUGCUGCUUCUUAUGGCAGAAUCUAUUCAGGUGCAGGCAGCCUUUCUCAGCCAGCAAGCCGUUACUCUUCCCGGGAACAACUUGACAUGCUGAUGAGGAGGCAGAUGUCUAGAGAACAGCUGAGUCGGAAUAACUCUGGCGAAUGCCUAGAUGUUAUAGGCAGCAGACAUGGUUCUCGGGAGCAACUGGACACCAUCUUGAACAGACCUGGGUCGAGAGACCACCUGGAUACAAUUCUUAGUCGACAUGGGUCUAGAGAGCACCUUGCAAGCAUACCCAGCAGGCAUGGGUCUACAGAAAACUUGGCUGAAGUAGCUACUGGACAUGAUAAAAGAAAUCACAGAAACACUCUACCCAGGAGGCAGGGAUCUAGAGACCAUCCAGAUACUCUACCCUGUAGAUUUGGGUCACGAGAACAUCUAGACUGCACUGGGGCAGUAAGAGACAUCUCCAGAGAAUGGCUAAACACUAUGCCAGCCAGGCAAGCCUCUAGAGAUCGAAUGGACACUUUGCCAAGUCGAGACACUUCUCGAGAACAGUUGGAUCUGCUUUCUAGAAGGCAGCCUUCAAGGGACCAACUAGCUUCAGCUAGACAAACAUCAAGAGAGCAGCUGGACUUUUUAUCCAGAAGAUCUAAUUCCAGAGAGCCUCUGGACAUAGUGCCUAGCAGGCAGGCUCCUCGGGAAAAUCUGGAGCCCUUUUCUAGACAGCAGCCCUCUAGAGAAAAUCUUGAACUCCUCUCUAGAAGGCUCCCUUCUAGAGAAAAUCUAGAAGCAAUCCCCAGCCGUCACCCCUCUACAGAGCAAUUAGACAUCCUUUCUUCCAUCCUAGCUUCUUUUAACUCCUCUGUCUUAUCCUCUGUGCAAUCAUCCAGUACUCCCUCAGGCCCACAAACCACCCCCACUCCUUCUGCAGCACAGACGUCCUCCACACCUUCCAUGCCUUCUAUACCAUGCCCGUCACCGCCUCGCUCUGCUACAUCUCACAGUAUUUCCGAGCUGUCACCAGACUCAGAAGUCACAAGAAGCGAGGGUCAUUCCUGAGGGCCCCAACUGCUGGGACCAAGGAAGAAUCAGGAAUGAUUGCUGGGCCAAGAACUGCCAGUGGAGGAUAGGGAUCCUGAAGGCACCUACAAGGAAAGGACUGAGUCUGACUGGAGGCCCAAAUCAACUGCGUCCUCCCCCAGCACUCGGCGGUGGAGAACUCAUGGAUGAGAGUCGGGCAAGAAGCGCAGACCUGGCUGUGGAAGAAAGGCGUCCCUUGGGUAUCUCAGUGCCAGACUGGCCACUCUCCCGGCCCAGAGGCCCACCCUCUAUGGACGGUGGGGCAAGGCAGUAAACCCACCAUGAGCGACCUCCCAGACCAUAGUUACAUAUCAGAACCAGACCAAUUGAAAUCUUCCAUUGUGAAACUUUCCUAGACUCUGUGCAAAUGUGGAAGGGCAGGGGAGGGGCAGGGGAAAGGGUUUUAUACAUUUUUGUAUCUUUGUAAUCAGAAAGAAGAGAAAUAUCUAUGGUUAUUUUUACGCUUCUUCUGUUCCCGUUGCUGUGAUACCAGUUUCAUUUCUCUUGGCAGUGACAUAUUGAAAUAGUGUCAAGAUACUAGGCAGGCUUGUCUCCCUCAGAAGAUUUGGGGGGCAGGAAAAUGGAGCAGCACCUACUUUGCAAAUCCUCUUGAGGUUGUCCUUUUUGCCGGUCCUGUUGUGUAUUUGCCCUAUGUUCUGACAGCCAUCUUUCUGAGGAAGGGAUGGGGAAAGAAGCCUUCACCCCCACACACAACACUGUUUAAAGCCAGUAUUGGUAUGUGUAGGUGCUAGUAUCCACCUUCUUUUGCCAUUAUCCCCACAUUCACUUAACCUGGACCUCUGAAAAUUCUCCCUCCUGUUGGCCCAACUUCACUAUUUUAAUCUGGGGCCAUUAUUGUUUACAUACACUUCCCUAUAUGGCAUAAAUACUUUUUACCUUCCAUAGUCAUUAUCCAUUAUGUCAGCCUGCGAUUGGAUGAGUUUUGUAGAAAUGCAUCCACCCACAGACUCAGACCUUAAUCCACUACCAUCCCCAGCCAAUCUGUCUAAUCCUGGUCGUAAGUGAAGACCAAGUUUAGACUUAUCUAAAAGCCGUCUUGCUCUGGCUGCGCCUUAUGGAACACAUGAGGAACUUGGCUUUUUUUUUUCCUUUUUAAAAAAUGUGUUUCAAUUUUCUUUCAUCCUAACCAGGAAACAAACACUGGCUGAAAUCUUGUUGCUCCCAGAUGACUAUUUGAAGAGCGACAGUUGCGACAGCAACUCCGUUACACUGCGUAAGGCUGAUUAGGUCAUCAGCUCUGGUGAUUUUUCACCCCAUUUCUCAUUUCAUCCCUCCUCUUAAGGUCCUUAGACUUCCUUGGGCUCACCUUCCUCAUGGGGAAAUCAUUAGGGGCAGUGGGCUGCAAUGGGGGAGGCUUUAGUUUCCUAGAGACGAUUUUACCAGCAAGGGUAAUUUUCAGAAAUCAAAGACUCCCUUCCCACCUUGCAGCCCCCAGCCACUUCUCCAUAACACAAGAGGUCCUGGGGGGGCCUUGGGAUCUGCAGGAGCCAUUAUCAGCCUUAUGCAGUGUUAUGUUGUACAGCAGGAUCUCAGCCACUGUGUCUUGCCCAACACCAUUGGUGGGGAAUGCAUGACUGUCUGGAUGUUUCUUGACUAGAAUGCCCAUCAGCCUUAGACAGAAUACUCAGUGCAAAAGAAUGAUGAGAGUUGCAGCCCAUUGUUACCAGAAGGACCACACUUUUUCUAUCCCUCGGCUCUAGGCUCUUCUGAUUUCUAUAUCUGGGUCUGGAUAAGUGUGAGAGGGUGAAGGGUGUGGAACCAAUCUUGGAGUGAGGAGGACCUCCUCAUUCUUUGCUGGCUUUUGUUUUAUAUGCUGCAUGACUAGAGGAAUUCAGAAAGUCCAGAUUUCAUCCUCAUAACUGCUGCAGAGUUUUGAAUUUCUGGUUAAAUUUCUCUAGCUACACAUCAGAAGUACAGGAAUUCACAAAGCAGGAUAGCUUUAAGUUCCCCAGAGUAGCCCACCCUUUUAUCAUUAAUUAGCACAUACAGGGUCAAUAACCCCACUCUGAGACAUUUUAAAAAGACAGAAUAAAAGGUUUCAUUACUUAGAAUUGAAUAGAUCAGACAGCAGCCUGGCAAACAUGACUGCUUUCAGCAGCAGACUUCAACAGAUUCCAGAGAGGGGGAAAGCGGCACAGUGUAGAGUGGCAGAGCUCUUUUUGAAUUCAGGGGCAGGGAAGACAUGAUUGGUUAGUGCUGGAUAGAUUG